CAUUACAAACAUCGAUCGGCACAGAAAAAGAUUACUGAGAGUCUGAGACUGAAGCAGCUCCACAUGGUGUGUGAAAGAAGCAACACAGCAAUGAGUAACGAAUUACAGCAGGAAAAACACACACAACUGCUCCAGUUUAGCACUGUAAAUGACCCGCUGCUGAUGCCCCAACGGUCUGAAUGGAGUUGCAGUUGCAGAAAAGCAAACGGUUGUAGCUCCCUCAGCAGGAUGCUGAUGAGACCGAGUAUACUUCUGAGUCUGGUUUUACUCUCCCAAGUUUUACGGACGGAGUGCCGGCCUGCCAACACUGAUGAAGCAAUGGCUCCACAAUGGGCUCAUCCAGAGAAAAUGGAGAAAAAGCUUCACGCUGUCCCAGCCAGUAAGACGGUGAAGUUUCGGUGCCAGGCCAGCGGAAACCCAAAUCCCACCCUGAAAUGGUACAAGAAUGGAAGGGAGUUCAAGAGAGGCCAUCGCAUCGGGGGCUUCAAGGUCCGGCAUGUGUGGACCAUCAUCAUGGAAUCGGUAGUUCCCUCUGAUAAGGGAAACUACACCUGUGUGGUGGAGAACCAGUACGGCAGCAUCAAUCACACCUACCAGCUCGACGUAGUGGAGCGCUCUCCCCACAGGCCCAUCCUGCAGGCCGGCCUGCCCGCCAACCGCACCGCCGUGGUGGGCAGCGACGUGGAGUUUGAGUGCAAAGUGUUCAGCGACCCUCAGCCUCAAAUCCAGUGGCUGAAGCACAUCGAGGUGAACGGGAGCAGAGUCGGUUCUGAUGGAUUACCGUAUGUCCGUGUGCUCAAGACCGCUGGCCUUAACACCAGGGACAAGGAAAUCGAAAUCCUCCAACUGAGAAAUGUGUCGUUUGAUGACGCUGGGGAGUACACCUGCUUGGCGGGCAAUUCUAUCGGGUUCUCUCAUCACUCUGCAUGGUUGACCGUUUUUGAAGUUCCCACUGAUAAGGGAAACUACACCUGUGUGGUGGAGAACCAGUACGGCAGCAUCAAUCACACCCACCAGCUCGACGUAGUCGAGCGCUCUCCCCACAGGCCCAUCCUGCAGGCCGGCCUGCCCACUGACCGCACCGCCGUGGUGGGCAGCGACGUGGAGUUUGAGUGCAAAGUGCUCAACGACCCUCAGCCUCACAUCCAGUGGCUGAAGCACAUCGAGGUGAACGGGAACAGAGUUGACUCUGAUGGAGUACCGUAUGUCCGUGUGCUCAAGACCGCUGGCCUUAACACCACGGACAAGGAAAUGGAAAUCCUCCAACUGAGAAAUGUGUCUUUUGAUGACGCUGGGGAGUACACCUGCUUGGCGGGCAAUUCUAUCGGGAUCUCUCAUCAAUCUGCAUGGUUGACCGUUUUUGAAGUUCCCACUGAUAAGGGAAACUACACCUGUGUGGUGGAGAACCAGUACGGCAGCAUCAAUCACACCCACCAGCUCGACGUAGUCGCAAUGGCUCCACAAUGGGCUCAUCCAGAGAAAAUGGAGAAAAAGCUUCACGCUGUCCCAGCCAGUAGGACGAUGAAGUUUCGGUGCCGGGCCAGCGGAAACCCAAAUCCCACCCUGAAAUGGUACAAGAAUGGAAGGGAGUUGAAGAGAGACCAUCGCAUCGGGGGCUUCAAGGUCCGGGAUCAUGUGUGGACCAUCAUCAUGGAAUCUGUAGUUCCCUCUGAUAAGGGAAACUACACCUGUGUGGUGGAGAACCAGUACGGCAGCAUCAAUCACACCUACCAGCUCGACGUAGUGGAGCGCACUCCCAACAGGCCCAUCCUGCAGGCCGGCCUGCCCACUGACCGCACCGCCGUGGUGGGCAGCGACGUGGAGUUUGAGUGCAAAGUGUUCAGCGACCCUCAGCCUCACAUCCAGUGGCUGAAGCACAUCGAGGUGAACGGGAACAGAGUUGACUCUGAUGGAGUACCGUAUGUCCGUGUGCUCAAGAUCGCUGGCCUUAACACCACGGACAAGGAAAUGGAAAUCCUCCAACUGAGAAAUGUGUCUUUUGAUGACGCUGGGGAGUACACCUGCUUGGCGGGCAAUUCUAUCGGGUUCUCUCAUCAAUCUGCAUGGUUGACCGUUGUUGAAGGCUGCAGAACGAAGUCAUGAAGAGGUGUGUCUGCUGCUGAUGGAGUGCUGUGCAGCGCUCUGCAGCCAGGCGAACAACAGGCUGCUGCUUCCCUUCCAGCUGGCACCCCAGGGAGACCUGCAGGAGCUCCUGAAGCCACCUCGGUGACCACAGACACACUGCAUCUUCAAAUGUGCUGCGAGAAAAAAUGACUUAAGCUCAAAACCUACUAGGUCAGGAUUACAUUCAUCUUCACCUGGAAACACCACAUGUGGCUACAUUGUUUUCUAAGGCUGCAAACAUUUCACGAUAAUACAUUUAAAACUUUUUUCCUCUCUUGCUCUUUAUAUGUCGUUAAAUACUUGUGUAUUCUGCUCUUGCUCUUUUGCACUUUUUGCAUAUCAUCAUGUAUUUGUUUUUGUCAUGUCUAUAAAUGUAAUUUUCUUAAAUGUUUUAUGUGAGGGACUGCGGAUGGAAAGUAGCUCAAAGCUAAAUCCGACAUAUUUACGCUUGACACAUUUCUUGUUUUAAGUGUAUUAAUGUCCAAUGUCCCUGCCAAAUAAACGAUUCAAAUAAAAGUAAAGAAUGAAUUGCCAACUAUUUUUAUAAUCGGUUGAGGAAAAAACGAUUAUAUUCUCUGAUUUCAGCAUUUGAAAUAUGAUUGUUCUAAGGUUUAAUUGACAUUUUAUUUAGAGUUUCGGACGACACAAGACAUUUAAGGACAUUAUCUUGGGCUGGGAAACACUGAACGACCACCAUUCUUUUCCCCACCAUUUUCGGACUUAUUUUCUUGAAGAUAUUUUUUUGACAUUGUUGCUUUAAUUAGAUAGAAGGACAGAUGGACGAGAAAGGGAAAGAAUACUGGGACAACAUUACAAAUUAUUCAUCAAUGAAUAUAAUCUUUAGUUUCAGCCCUUUUCUCCCUUAAACAUCAGCAAAGAGCCGCUGAACAAAACUGGGAGGAUACAACAUUAUAUUGCCAGCUUCAUACCAUAAGUAACCUGUUUUGGAUUUCUAGUUUACAUUGAUGCAGUAAUUACACCUCCGACCUAAGCCAUAUAAACUUGUACAAAAAACAACA